GGCCGUGGGUGGUUUCUGGAACCUUCUUCGAGGUGUGGUUCAAAUCUGCAUUGGAAUCUCCGUUUGUUUUGACAGAAACGCGAGUUUUCAGCGUCAGCCAUGGCCGAUGACUUCGAGUUCGCAGAUAAAGUUCCUCCUUCGUUCGAUCGAGUGCUGUAGUUUUAUAAAUAAGCGACUCAUCCUUCAAGAGGACUAUAAUUCACAUGCCUCAAACCAAGGGUUCAACCCAGGCUUAAUUGUCCUCCUGGUUGUUGGUGGGUUGCUGUUGACAUUCCUCGUUGGAAAUUUUGUGCUCUACACGUAUGCACAGAAGACCCUCCCUCCUAGAAAAAAGAAGCCUGUUUCAAAGAAAAAGAUGAAGAAGGAGAGACUGAAGCAAGGUGUUUCUGCACCUGGAGAGUAGACUCUGUACUCGGUUUAUGUUCUAUGGUUUAAAUUGUACUAUUUAGAUAAAGCUUCUUCUUCCGUGGAGUCUUGCAUGACGUUGAUUUUGAUCUUUUCUACCCGUGUAUUACUGAUAGAAACCUUAGCCGCAUAAAUUAGUGCUUCAUGGUUAAAUCACCAUCUUUCUCCCUAA